CCGGGGAGGAUGUCAGGGGCCGGCCAGCGAACGGACCUGGUGCUUAUUAAAGAACUGGAGCUCAUCUUGGAUUCCUGCGCUCUGGAGCUCACGCCGGUGGAUGAAGUCUCGCCCAACCUCUUCCUCGGAAACGUGGCUGUAGCACAGAAUAGGAGGACGUUACAUAAACUGGGCAUCACUCACGUCCUGAACGCAGCGCACGCCAAGCAGGGCAGCGUUGGUGACCAGAGUUUUUAUGGGAACACCUGUGUUUACUUUGGCAUCUCGGCAGACGAUUCUGACCACUUUGACCUCAGCCGUUACUUCAGAGUCGCAGCUGACUUCAUACAUAAAGCCCUGAAGAGCAAAGGGAAGGUGCUGGUGCACUGCAUCAUGGGUGUGAGCCGAUCGGCCACGCUGGUGCUGGGGUACUUGAUGCUACGGCAGCGUCUCCCUCUGCGAGAGGCUCUGAGGCUUGUGGUCCAAAAACGCGCCAUUUACCCGAACCGGAACUUCCUGUUUCUCCUCCUCAAAUUGGACGAACAGCUCACACUCAGACGGAGACUCUGUCCUCUGCUCUGACGUCCGUCUGACGUCUGAUGAGUAGUCGCCUCGGGACCGCUUCGUCUCUGUGCUUUUACACUCCAGUCAGAAUGGACAAUAUUUAAGCGUGGUCUGUUUAUUUGCACAAGUUGGUCUCAAGAGUUAUAUUUGUCUGUGCAUUUUUUUUUUGUUUUGUAAUUCAAACUGUAUUCAAAUAUUACCUGCCAGUAUUUUGUAAAUGCAGCCGUGUGACUAUUGUACCCAUUGAUUAAAUAUAUAUUAAAUAUAUAUUAUAUUGAAAUACA